AUGUCGAAUUUCGUAGGCGACGAGCUAGAGGCUAUACCUCUAAUGACGUUACAAUUAUUUGAGCUCAUCUGUAAUGAUGUUAUCAACGGCGUCAUUUGUCUUUUCGGCGUUGCAUUCAAUAUCGUCAACAUGAUGGUGUUUCUCAAGCAGGGGUUCAAAGACUACAUGAACAUUUCUUUGUUGAGUUUGUCUGUGGCCGACACGUUAGCGCUCUUGUCCCAGCUAUGGACGUGUUUCAACAUUAAGGCCCUGGUUCAAGACGCGUUGAGCCACUGGUAUGCUGUGCUAUAUUUAGCAUCCAGCUGGCCCCACGUGAUCUCCAUCCGGGUCAUAAGUCUUCUGAUUGUCUUCAUCACAUUAGAGAGGUACCUGUGUAUUUCUCUGCCUCUAAAGAUCAAGAGCAUCAUCACACACAAACGGACCAUUGUGAUUAUUGGAUUCGUGUACUUAUUCUCAAUAUUAACUGCGAUACCAAUAUACUUUGCGUGUUACGUAGGCCCAGUAAUCGAUUACGAAACAAAUAUUUCCAUCAUGGACCUAGUGUACACUGAACACGGCCCCAGAAUCGAAAGUGCGAUUUUAUCGUUUGGUAUCACUGCUCAACUGACGUCAUUCAUCAUUGUGGUUAUUCUGACCAUCGCACUGGUCCAAAAGUUUAUCCAGACGACAAAAUGGCGUCUAUCUACGUCAUCAGCAACAAGGCAGGAUCACGUGACCAAACGCGACAAGUCUGCUGUGAAAAUGAUCAUCCUCAUCUCCACCAUCUAUAUCGUCUGCUACACGCCGUACUUCCUGCUGUCGCUGGCGAUGGCGUGUGUCAAGGACUUCGGCGCCACGGGGAAGUACCAACGCUUGUUCAACAUCACCACAUCGCUCAUGUUCACCACCGACAGCAUCAACUCGGCCGUCAGUAUCUUUGUCUACUACAAGAUGAGCACAAAAUAUCGAAAUGUUUUCUUCUCCCUGCUCAAAGGUUUUAACAAGACGCGAAUGACGAAAUCAUAA